GACCUUCCGGCGCGCAGCCAGGAUGGCGGCGGAGGGCUCCUGCGAGCUGCCGGUGGUGCCGGCGGCAGGGCUUGGCCUGUCCGGGGGUCCCACCGCCUCCUGCCGGCGCUGCAGCAGCAGCUCCAGUUCGUCGUCGUCGUCCUUCUCCUCGCCUUCGUCGUCGUCCUCGUCGUCGUGCGGGGGCUGCCUCGCUCCCCCGGCCCCUCCCGUCGCGGGCGGCGUGCCCGGGAAAUGGGUCCGGCUGAACGUGGGCGGCACCUGCUUCCUCACCACCCGGCAGACGCUCUGCAGGGACCCCAAAAGCUUCCUUUUCCGCCUCUGCCAGGCCGACCCGGACCUCGACUCCGACAAGGUGAGGGGGCGCCGCCGCCGCAUUCUGCAGGUGCUCAGGGGACAGGCCGGGCGAGGACCCCAUAGCUUGGCCGCCCCACCGCGGGCACUAGGCUGGAGGGCCCCCGCUUUGCUGCCCCGGUUCCUCCUGGAGUGCCGGGCCUCUGCGUGAGAAAGAGCCGCUCAGGCCACCUGUGUCACGGCGCCGUCGUUACCGUGAAAGAGGCGCCCACCGUCAGGUUCUCGCUCUUUUCUGGUCGGUUACCCAUCUCCCGCAUCUAGGCAGGCAAUUUUAAGUGUUGAGCAUGUAUAAUUAGUAUGCAUUAAGCACAGUAGGACUUGCUUCCGAGGAAACAUGCAUAGGGUUGCACUGCGAGUUCACGAGGGAUCCAUACUGUCUUGAGCAGAGGGUGUGGAGCGACGGGGUUGAAGGGAGAUCUCAGUGCCAGCUCAAAGCAUCUUGCUGCCUGAAGUGGAGCACCAGCCGUAGCCCCCUUUCUAUAAAAGAAACCCUUCCUAUGCCUGUUCAAAGCCCACCUGGGCCUCAAUGGGCAUGCUGCUGGUCCCUAGGCAUACUGCAAGUGAGAGACUCCAGUACUGAAGCGCUGGGCCCCAUCAAAGCCCACAAGUCUUAAAAAUGUGUGAAGUUUUCAGUUUAUCAGAACUCUCUAGCAAGCAAGAUAUUAACACAAAGCAAGGUUUUAUGAGGGGAAAUCAAACCCAAAUAUAGUUGCUGUGGCCAUGUGGCCAGCUGGCUGGUCUCGGUUCCAGCUUGGAGAUGCAGGCCAAACGGGUCUAUCCUAGGGACUACAUGAACCAGGUGACCCACCUGGGAUUAUGUCCUCAUGAUUUGAGAAAAUAAAGCCUGACUUGUAACACUAAUGUUUCUAACACCCUAGACAAAAGACAGAUUUCUUAGGCAGAACAGAAGUAACAAGACAUGGUAGUAUUAUUUCACUUGUAAAUCUAGAAGGGCCAUCAUGGGUUAUCUGAUCCAACUUACUGCUGAUCUGGAAAAUCAGCUUUGGGAAAGAGACUGUAUUUCUUGAGAGUCACUCUAAAAGGCUUGUUCAAAACAGCUUUGUCUCCGGGCUUCUUUUAGUAGAUUGAAGGUUCUCUUGUUUUACCCAGGGGGGAAUCUAUGAUUCUCCAAAUGCUGGUGGACUUUGACUUCCAACAUCCAUGGCUGGCAGCAGGAGCUAAUGGGGGUUGGAGUCCAACAACAUCUGCAGAGGACCAGAUUAGCAAAGGCUGGUCUAGACUCUGCAUACCUGGGCUCUGGGCAUCUCCAGGCCUUGACUUCUCUUCACCAGACAGGUUCCUCUUCUCUGGGGCCAGGAUGCCAACUUGAAUCAAAUAUUGGGGGGGGGGGCAGGUAAGCUCCAGUCCACAUAAUUGAUCAAAUGAUGCAGUGUAACACACCAUUUGAAUGGCAAUGCCCAUCAACUUUAGUCCCCCCCCAAAUAUAUUUUAUUGGGGAGGCUGAAGGAGACCUUCGCCCCUAGGAGUUGGCUACUUUUCUCUGGAGUAAAGUUGUUAUUCUCUCUUCUGGUUGGACUCGUAGAUGAAGGCAACAUGCAGAAAGUCUUCUCCCAACAGACUAACUCACAAAUAGCUAACUUGGUGUCCUCCUUAUGUUGGACUGUGACAUGCUUCAGCGCCAGCCAGCAUGACAAAUGGUCAGGGAAAGGUGGGAGUUGUAGUUCAGCAACAACUGGAAGGCACCAUGUUGGUUGCUCCUGGAUUUGAAUAAGGAAACUUCAAAGGGGUUGUGAAACUCUUGGGUUUUAAGCUUUAACGCAAAUGUGACACCUCUUUUUGCAUUUCAUUUCCAUAUGAUCUCACUGUUUGUAUUUCUUUCUCUACACCUAUGUAGCAAUGGCAUGCACUGUAUCUGAUGAGGUAGAUGCUAGUCCAUAAAAGCUUACAGUCUUCAUAGUGCCCCUGGCUGCUUAGUUAAUUGUUAAGUGUGCCUUGGCAGUGGUCAGAUUGCACUCCAGUCCUGAAAGACUCAGUUGGCAUAUAGCUUAAGCUUGCUUUUAAUGACUCAAGUGAGCUGCCUCUCCUUGCCCUUUAGUUCCUGAUAACCCCCCUUGUGUAUUGCCUCAGAGUGCAAGUCUGAACUUGCCUAGAUCAUGUUGUUUGUCGAUGCUGGUUCUUACUUAACUUUUAAAAUAUUCAUUGAAAAAAUAGAGUGGCUACUUUCAUAAACAGUGGGCAUACACUAAGAAAAUCAGACUGUCAAAACAGCUGUCUCCCAGUAGGUCUUGCCAUAUUUGCUCAUGAGACAAUUGUAGGAGGGGGAGAGGGUCCACCUUUCAGGUUGCUCCUAUUGGCAUAAGUACUGCCAAGCAAAAAACAAUUUGUCAUGUCAGUAUAACCCUAGAAUGUCAGUUUCUCAGAUAAGCUAUUUCCACAAUUUUCCCCCCACUGUAGUCUUUUCCAUUGCUUGGCUAAUUCUAGCCACACUACUACAAGCAUAAUAGUAAUCAGAUCCUUAUGGAGCAAAUAUUUAUUAGGUCAGUUGAGUAAGCUUAGCAGUGCAAGAUUACAGUCUACUCAGAUUUGUUUUCUGAUAAGAAUAGAUCUGUGCUCUUGAUUGUGCUCUUAAAUCAUGGGGUCAGCAAAAUCCAGUGCUGCUGGACUGCACAUUGUACAUCUCUGUGCCAAACUCUGCUUUCUAACUUUAGAACUGUGGCAAGCCUGUAAUGAAGUGGGGGAAAGAGCUGGACAGAUUCUCAUGGAUCCAUGGUUUUUACAUGAAGGUGCCUCAAAUCCACUAUCAAACCAAUGCUUAUAUCUUUGUCCAUGGGCUGCUCCAUAUAAAUCACAGUUCAUCAUGGUGCCAAAAAUUAGACCCAUGGUAAAACUCAUUCAGAUCCAAGAAAAGCCAUUUCCAGGUUUCAUGUUUAUGCUAGUGGUGCAAAGACUCACCAGAAUUGUGAAUUUUGCAAUGCAGUUGUUUUAUACUUAGAGAGAUAAUUUGCAUCCUCAAAGCCUAUCCAUCCACAAGUAGGCUGUAUAUUUAUUGUAAGAUACCAAUCAAUGCAACGGGACCUGGAUCCUUCAGUGUGGAUCUUCACAGCAUGGACUGAGAGCACCAAAAAAUUUAUUGGCCUGAAGUUUGCAACAAGAAUGCAAGAGACCUUGUAGCAUCGUGCUACGACUAUUGUAUGUUAUGUCCUGGAAGUACCAGAACAGACACUGAAUUGGUAAUCCAUGAAUGUCCAGAGUGGGACUGGAAUUUCCAUUUAAUCAUUACAUGGAUCCAUCAGGAUCUGGCCAUCAGAAAUGGGCUGUGUACAGCAACAAGAGGCUGAUUUUUGUGGUGAGUAACCAGAGGUGUGAACAAUAAUGAUAAGACAAAGGUGGUCAAGGGUUCUAUUUGUAAAAAAAAAAAAGAUGUAUAGAGAUCAAUGCUUCUUCAUUCCCAGUUUUUUUGCACCACAAGCAUCACGUAGUAUUAGUUUUACAAUUUUAUAAUGUUCAUUGUCUUUUGACAGUGAAUUUGGGGCAUUUUCAUGUAAAAAUGUUGUCUGAUCUUUCUCUGUAUUCCUAUGGGCAUUUAUUAAAAAUACUUAUAUACCACUAUUUCAUAGGGAAAAAAAUCAGAGUAGUUUACAAUAAUGCAUAAAACUAUACAAUCAAAACCAUAAAAAUUUAAAAUCCGACAUCAGUUAACUGUCAUGGUAUUAGAUGUGGACUGUGAUUAUGCAGUGGAUUUUGAGUUUCUUUAUUUAAAAAAUGCUGAGCUUUUUUUCGUGAGAACUACCAUUCUGGCCCCUGUAGAACCGAAAGAUAGUGACUAUUAUGUUUUCAAUGCAAUCAGUGGGGAUGGAUGCAGGUUGUGAAUAGCUGGUAGAUUUUUGUGACCUGCUUUCUAAGAAUCAAAAGGAUCCAUGCCUAGAAUCUAGGUUUUUGCAGUAUGGUAAUGUCACAAAACACUGGAUCCAUGAUCUUUGUAGUGCAUUCUGCCACCAUAUUUAUUUAUUGUUGGAUUCCUCCUUUCAGAGUAAAAACUCCCAAUGUGGUUUCCGUAGAAGCAGUAGCAUACAAUACAUAAAAAGAGCCCAUCUGGUCCAGCACCCUGGGCUCACCAGGUGCUCAAAUGACUAGGCCACAAACACGACCUGAACACAGCAGCAGCAGCACUCACCCUUUUGGGCUUCCCUCCAACUGAGCUUCAGAGACAUAGCACCUCUGACAGUGGAGGUGGAGCAUAGCCAUUGUGGCUAGUAGCCAUUGGUUGCCAUAUCUUCCAUGAAUGUGUCCAGUCCUUUUUAAAAGCCGUUCAAGUUGGUGGUCAUCACUACUUCUUGCAGGAGUAAAUUCUGUAGUUUAACUAUGUGCUGUGUGAAGAAGUCCUUCCUUUUUUCUUGUUAAAAAAUCUUAGUGGAAAUUCAGUUCUUGUGAUUUCCUUUAUUUUAGUUUUGGUUUUGCAUUUUCACUUUUAUUCACAACAUUUUAUUGACACUUUUAUUGUCACAACAUCCAUAUUUCUAUAUCAAGGAAAAAUGAAUGAAAAGUCCUUCGUUUUGUCUGUUCUAAAUCUUCAAAAGUUCAACCUGUUGUGUGGCCCUGAGUCUUGAGGGAGGGAGAGGUUUCUGUACACCAUGCAUAAUUUUAUACACCUCUGCCAUGUCUCCCCCCAAACUCAUUUCCCCCCUCUAAAUAUUAUAAAUUGCAAAUAUUAAAGCCAAUGCCAUAAAAACAAAUAACAUCAGGGCAAAUUUAAUAAUUGGAACCACCCCUAUGAGAAAGCACAAUAACAAAAUUGUCAUUCAGGAAAAUGCUGUGAGACUUGAUUGGAUGGUGAAUUUUUGUGUUCAGCUCAUAAAAAUAAUGUGAAUUCAGAGGGCUCUGGCAACCUUUUGCAAAAUCAUAUUUCUGUACAGGUGUGUAACAAAAUACCUUUUAAGCCCCUUUGAUGUUUUAUUAAACAGCCCCUCUUCUUGACAGGAGGAUGAGAUUUUUGCUGAUUUCCUGUUCAGUUCCUUUUGCCUUCCAAAAAUCUGCUCCAGAUUGUUGAGGGACCCACCAGAACCUUUGGGUAGGGGAGAUUACUGGGGUCUGCAGGGAGAAUUGGAGAAAGCCCUCUUCCUGUAGUGGAUACCUCAACUCAGUCAGAGCACAUUUUAUGAACUGUAGGAACUAUUCAUUACAUUUCUAAGCCUGGAUCUAACCCGGAGAUUUGAGGGCUUUAUUGCUUUGGUUGCAAUUUUAGGUUUAUUAUUUAGUAUAAAGACCAUAACUACUGGUUGAAUAAAAUGGAUUGUUCUCAUUUGCAUAAAUGUUAUUAAGCUUUUCUUACCCCACAUUAAAAUUGAUUGUCAUUUGAGCCAAAUUAUUAAUUUUCACAAUCCCUUGCAGUAAUUGAUUAGAGAUUAGAAACUAGCUGAGUAGUAUCUCUGUUUCACAAUUAAGACCUCCACACUGAAGCUCUGAUUAUUCAUUAAUGCAGUGCAUUGAAUCCAUGGUGGAAGCUUCUGAUUUAUGACAUGGAUGAGGGCAUGUCAGGGUUGGAAUGUCAGGAUCUCUGUGGGGUCUCACACUAAUUUAAUCUGGUAUUUUAAUUUAGUUGGCUGAUCUGGGAAUAGGAUGGCUUAAGUGUGAUAAGACAAUUUCUAUAUAAAUAAGUAACAUACAUAUUUUAAUUAGGAUGAAACAGGUGCCUACUUAAUAGACAGAGAUCCAACCUACUUUGGACCGGUGUUGAAUUAUCUCCGACACGGGAAACUGGUUAUCAAUAAAGACCUCGCAGAGGAAGGUAUGUUUUGCUGUUUAGGAAAACUGCUUUAAUGCUUGAUCACAGCUGUGAAAAAUCACUUUGGGUGUAAUUGGUUUCACAUAUGCAAAGCAGGGCGGCCUGUUUGGGCUGGGCUAGUUUGUAGCAUUGCUGUGCAACUUGCACUGGCCUUCAGAUCUUGAGACCUGAAUGAUCCUUUAGAAACCAGGAUUUGGCACCUGAAGUGCUGUGAGGUCACUGUUUUGGGGAGGUUGUUGGCUGGUGCAUGACCUACCUGGAACACUCUCCUUGCUCCUGGGCUUUCUCUUUCUUCUUUGGUCUUGGAGCAGAGGCCUUGCCUUAUCCUGACCAGGGCAACAGUUCAGAGGGACAGCCUGCCGCUUGGCCACGCAGUGCCUCUCAGGGCCUGUUUGUGACACAGACUUUCUCACAAGUAGCUGGAGUUUUAUGAGGCCCUCUUUUGACUUUGUGUUCCCCUCCAAUCAGGUGUGCUUGAAGAAGCUGAAUUCUACAACAUCACAUCCUUAAUCAAACUUGUAAAGGACAAAAUAAGGGAACGAGACAGCAAAAUCUCACAGGUAGGACCUGCUAGUUUUUUAAAAAUUUGAUUUGUUUUUGAGGUAGCCUUGGCUUGACUUCAUUUCAUAAUGUGUGGCUGUGUUUGGUGCCCAAACUGAGGGAAUUAUGAGAAGUGGCUUCUGGUGGUAUCAGAUGCCCUUUUUCCUUCCGUGAGUGAAAUGUUUGUGUUUGUGGCAAUGCCAAAAGGGAGGAGGGCAGCAGAGAGAUCUCAGCAGAGGCUGAGGCGAGUGGCUUUUUUGCACUCUGGAGCUCAGUGGUAACGGAGAAGGGACUCAUUUGGAAGACAUGAUGGUUGAAACCAGUGGCCAUUCUUGGCCUGCUUCAUCUUUCGGCUGUCUCUCUGUGUUUUUCACCAAAGGUGCCAGUCAAGCACGUUUACAGGGUGCUGCAGUGCCAGGAAGAGGAGUUGACUCAGAUGGUCUCCACCAUGUCUGAUGGCUGGAAAUUUGAGCAGGUAAGAGAACAGGAAGCAAACACUUCAGUCUUUCAAGGACCAUACAAACAAACAAAAAAGCAGGCGAGAGGAGUGUGAGGGUUGGAAUAAUUGUGGGUGUUGUGGGCUUGGGUCCUGGAAUGGUCAGGAAACUCAGACAAAUGUUUGUACUUUUACAGCAGUUUGCCUGGUUGCUCAAAGUGCGUCACAUAUUAACUCUAGUUGUUUCUUAAAGUAACUCUGUAGAGAAGGACAAUAUCAUUAUUUCCCUACUGGGAAUAAGCCUUUGGAUGUGCCACUGAGCUUGUGCCUUAGGAGAUGCUUGAUUUGCAGCUUAUACUCUCAGCCUGAGCUGCACCUUCUUGGCAUUUCCAUGGGAAAUCACACAGCAGGCACGAAGCACUUCAUUCCUCCAGCACUGUGCCAUGUGGCCAUUUCAAGGCAAAGAUCCAUUUGCUCCACUUUUUAUGUAGAGAGCUCUUGGAAACAUAGUCCUCUGGGAUUAACUCUGGUGGUGAUACGAACACUGUUACACACAAAAAACAGCUAAAAAUUAGAAAUUCUUGUAACUAGGCUCUAAACUGUAGCCAUGUAGUUAUGUUUGUCCACCAAGAUGCCAUGUCAGUGCCAGUGCUUCAGAUCCUGCCAUCAGUAUUGCAGUACUGAUCAGAUCACUGGUAUUUGUUUGUACAAGCACCACAGCUCUCUGUGGUGGAAGAUUCUCAGUUAAUGGAGAUUUGAAGAGCAGGAGGAAUCAAGCAAAAUCUUUUUGGCUCAGAACUGUCCCUCAACAGGCACUAGCUCUCCAAGAGCAAAGAAGAGUGUGGAAUCCCCACAACUAUGUCUCUGGGCCUGUAUUUUGUACAUCCAUUGUGGAUGGCUCUAGGCCUGCAGUUUUCCUUCUGUGCAACAUUCUAGGAGUUUCACAGCUGUGUGUUUACACAGUCAGUGCUCUGUAUGGUCAGGAUUGCUUACACUCCAUGUGAAACACUGACGCCUCUUAUCUGCACAAUGCCACACUCUCCUGCCUGAGCAUGAAUUAUAGGAAGGGACAGGGGCCACUCUUAAUGUUAGAUGCCCCUUGUGGGAACAGGAAGGAGAGAGCUCCACCUUUAUUUAAUAGCCCAGAAUGUUGACUGUCAGAGCUUUGGUUGUAAUCCCUUAUUAAGUUCUGUCUGAAGCACAAGAACAGCCCCCCUCAGUUGUCUCUCUUUCCCACCUCCAGCUAGUCAGCAUUGGAUCUUCCUAUAACUAUGGGAAUGAAGACCAGGCCGAAUUCCUUUGUGUUGUUUCCAAGGAGCUGCACAACACCCCUUAUGGCACGGCCAGUGAGCCCAGCGAAAAGGCAAAGGUGAGUCAUCUUCAGGGUGGAGCAAGGCCCAGCUGCUGCCUUCCUCUGCCAUCAAAGGCUGUUUGCCAGUUGCUACUAAGAAAGGAGCUUGCUUGGGUAUCCUCUGCCCACCCUUUCUCAGGUGUCCAAGCACAAGACACACAUGAGCACACUGAGCAGUUGUGGAGAAAGGAGGCUCCAACAUCACACCUCUUAUGCAGGAGCAACAGUAAACCAGCCUUGGGUGUGAUAGAGCACUGAGGUGCCUUCAUAAGCCAUUUUAGGCUUCUGUCCAUUUCAUUGCUGUUAAACUCAACUGUAUGAAGAUACCCUGCCCCAUGCAAAAAGAAUCUCUAAUGGUUAUGGAUGUCUAAUCCUCAAACACCCAACUCCCAAAGAGCAGCUAAACCUUUUUCUGGAAAAUGAUAGGUGCUAUUCUAGGUGUGCCUGCAUCUGGGUGCAACCCAAAAAACACAGACGCACCCACCAACGCGGAAACCUUCAUUUAUUGCAACCAAAAAAUAAAGGCAUAUAAAUCACAUUUCAGUGUCAAGGCUAAUUUAUGUAUGCCAACACAGGCAUGCCUUGUUGGCCUGAAUAUAAGCCACAGUUUCCCCCCAAAUUCCGACCAUGAAAAGUGUGGCUUAUAUUCGCGACCUUAUGGUAUGCAGCCAGGAGUGCGGGGCAAACAGCGGCAGGAAUGCGGCAAAGUAGUGCCCGCCCUGCAUGUAGUUCCCCAUCUUCUCCCUCAAGACCAGGAAGGGAGAGAACAAGGAAGGGGAAAGGCCGCCGGCAAUACAGCACAGCUCCCCCUUCCCAGUAUGCAACCAGAAGCAGCGAGGAUGGGAGCAGCUUAUAUUCAAGUAUAUUUUCUUUUCCCCCCUCCAAUUUUAAAGGUGCAGCUUAUAUUUGGGUCAAUAUGGUAUAUAGACUGGCAGGUGCUUUUGAUUCUAACACACCCAUAACUCGAAGCUGGAGAAUUUAAGAUGCUCUGUAUUGGGAGAAGGAAAGGUAGGGUAUCCCAUGACUUCAGGGUUCUCUUUCUUUCUAGUUUCCAACUUGAGGUACCCAAAGUUUCAUGGCCUUAAAUCCAGCAAAAGUUUUCCUUGUGAGUGCAGGGUGAAAGAGGCAAAGUGGAGCUCUGAGGAAUUCCCCCCACCUACACAAUUCAAAGACUUGCUACUGAAAUACACUUUUAGUGAAACUUGAUCAAUAAUGUCAAUGAUGUUCUUACUUUCGAGAAAGUAGUGAGAGUCCGGUGUGUGGCUAAUAUCUCCUGUCCUGGGGCCGACGUGGAACCCAAUUCCGGCUGUCAGCUCCUCUGAGUUAAACAGUCCCUUGAUCUACUCCUAGCUUUUCCAUAAAUCAUGGCGAGAAAUUUCCCUCUGGCCUGAGAAAGCACUCUGCUGACAGGACUAUAAUUAGAGGCCCUGCCUUUGGUUGCCAAUGUUAUUGUCUGGCUGCUCUGCUGCGGUUAAAAUCAGGAUGUCUGUGUUCAUGUCAUGUGGCAUUCAGUAGAGACAAAAGGGUCAGAAUUCUGGGGGAUGGGGGAGAGAAAGGCAAAGGGGCAUAUGUCCCAAGAUGCAUCAGGCCUAUGCCAGGCUACAGUCGACUGAGAUGAACCAAGGUUCUGGUGUCAUACACCAUGCUUGCAUAAUUGUUAAUUAACACAGUCGUGCCAUGGACAUAAGUUAAUGCCAGCCCUCUCUGCACAUUUUUCAUUGAGUUUUCAACAUAAAAUACAAUGAAAGCCAAACUAAUCAAAAGAAGAUAAAUAGGCACACAAAAGAAGACAAUAAAGAAGUAGAAAAUGAAGAGAAGAAGAAAAAAAACAAACUUCUCUAUCAUAAUUAUAUCUUAACCUUUAUUCCACACACAGACGGGUGAACCCUCCCACCUGGGAGCUUCCUCCUCUUCCCCCAGCCUCCCUCCCUGGGAGAUCCUCUCUGCCCUGCCCCUUGCGCUGGGCCCUUCAUCUUCCAUCCAUCUGCACCUUUUUAAAUGAAGCUGCUGCUGCUGUUGUCCAAGAAGCUGGCAAACAGUGUGCCAGGCAGCUUGGAAGCAAAUGUGCGAUUUCUGUAUCACUGUCCUAUUUCACUCUCUACCUUAUGCUUUCCCUUGGCCUUUGGCUUUGUAAACAGACAGCGAGAUUGUAGAGUGAUUGUUUCUGAAGGUGCAAAUGAUGUGCCAGAUGUUAUAGUUAUGUUCAGAAAGAUCUAAGCUUCAAGAUCCUUGCAUGAACUCCUGAAUUAAUGAAGAGGGCACAGAUAGAAGGCAAGGUCUUUUGUGUUCAUCUGGCACUCUUGCAUUGUGUGGCAUUUGCAUGCUAGAGAGAAGUGGCCAUGCUGGGAUUUGGGCCUGUUGAGAAGGAGGAAGAUGAUGUUGGAGUUGGGUGAAUUAGUAAAGGUGCAGGGCAGAGCCCACAGACACGAGAAAGCCCAGCUUCUUGCAUCUUCACUAAUGGCCAGUCAUAGUUCAACAAGACCUCUGGCACACGAGGUGGAAUCCAGGUGUCCUUGCAGGCAUGAGUGCUCUCCAGCUCACACCCUGCAGAGCAGCUGCUAACCAGCUAAGAAACUGUUUGGAUGUUUAUCAGGAAAGGUUGUAUGGGGGUGGGGUGAUGGUGGCUGGGACACAGGGCAAAGGGACAGGCAUCUCUCUGAGUUCUUUUGAAGAGAGAGGUGGCUCUUAUGCACAUCCUUAAGAGUUUGCUUUUAAAUAUAUCAACAAAAAAACAACUCGGGCUCCCAUGCCCAAUUAAAUCUUGAUUAACCAAAAAAAGUUGGUUGGGGGAAGUUAGACAAAAGGAAGAGGGAAUAUGGAAUUACAGCAUCUGAGCCAGACACCCAGAAAGUUACUAAACUGCUUUCACAUGAAAGCACAUAAAUUAGAAAUACUGUUUUUGGUCUGUGGACGAAAGUUCAAUUUCCAGUGUUUCCAGGCUAGUAAUGUUUAGCCACCAAAAGGUGGGAUUUGACCAUAAACUAUUUGCCUCUUCUGGAUGUGAAACCUAUGGGAUGGUAACCAGUGACUUACUCUAGUGCAAGGUGAGGCACUCCAUUUUCAACACACCCACCUAUUGCAGCCCCGUGCGCCAUGUCCCUUGCUGUGCCAGAGGGUCCUUGACACUGGAUAUGGGUGUUUUGCUGCUGCUUGGCAGCUUGACAGCUGUUUUCAGUGGUGGUUCGCCCUCUUCACACUGUGGUGGCUUUUUCCUUGCGCUGUAGCUGCUCUUCCAGCGAUUGACUGGCUGGCUGCACUGUUGGAUUGCUUCUGUGAUCAACUCGCGGAAGACUCUUCUGGGUCACCCUUCACAAUUCAGGGGCUGGCUUGGACAGAAGUCUCUUGCUAAGACAAAUCCAGGCCAGACUUUCCUCAAUCUCCUUGUGUAGGGCAGCUGUUGAAGUGAAUGGGCCAGUUGUCCAAAGAUCACCAAGCAGAAGCCUUGAAUCCUCUCUCAGGCAGCCUGGGGACGUUUAUACUUUACUCACCUUGCACUCUUUUCUUUUCCUUUCCUUCCUGCUCUUUGCACUUGCUUCAUGAAACUCAGAGUGAAGACGAAGAGACGGAUUACGAUAUGAAUGACUCAGAUUAAGUGUGAAUGCCAUGGUGAGCACUAGGACUUCACCCACCUGCCUGUCCUCCCUCUGGCCUCUCCCACUGGUGCAUCUUGUUUUGUGUUUGUAGUUGCUGCCUUGACCCUGUUGCUGGGUAGCCGUAGGCCCCUAGACUGCCUAGUGGUCCACUUGUGUUGGCUCCUUUACUUCCUGCUGCUGUUGGUCCUCUUCAGAGGAAAUGUGUUUUUGUGGCUCUUCUCACAGGGAGGAAAGCAAGACUCCACCAGGGAACCCAUCUGCUUUUCACUUUAGAAAACCAGGGGAAGGUAGGGGCCAAAAGGUCUGAGUUGCAGUCGCCUUCCUAUGAUGGCCACAGACUUUGGUUGCUUGCUCUUUUCUUUUUUAAACUAGUACGCCUUCAGGAAUUCCGGAUUGCAUGCCAUGAAACAUAGUCUUCAAUCAGAUGUCUACAAUUGCUUUCUCUUUAAGUUUGGGUGCAGACUUCACAUCUGCUAUGAGAGCAGGGGAAACAAAUUGGAAAGAACUCUGUGUUUGUGGAGAAAGUGGAUAGAGUUUCUUUCUCCCUCAUAAUGCUAGAAUUCAGAGGGGUCAUCAAGGAAGCUGCAUGCUGGAAGAUUCGGGAUAGAGAAAAGGAAGUUCUUCCUAACACAGUGCACACUCCUGCAAGAUGAUGGCUUUGAAAGAGGAUUAGACAGAUUUAUGGAGGAGGAGGAGACUGUAGAUAGCUAUGAGGCCCAUAGCCAGUAUUGGAGGCAGUUGCUGAGGAUCGUAAGUGGGAAGAUGGUGCACCUGUUGCACUGAUAUUCUGCUUGUGAGCUUCACAGUGGUUGAUCACUGUGAUAACAGGAUAGUGGACUAGAUCCAGCAGGUUCAUUCCAAGAGGAGUCUCCUGCUCAAAAAUAAUCUUGGUUCUUCGCUUUCUGGAGGGAGCAGCCUCAUGUUUGCAGGCCAGCCUCAAGACUGGCCUAACGAUUCAAAAAGAGCAGAAGGAUUGUCACCAUGGCUGCCAGAGCUGUAGCAGAAAGUUGGUCUGGUUCUUUUGCUGAGUGAGCAGACUAUAAGUGUGUACACCUUCCCUGUUUUGCCAUGAUGCAAGGAGAAAGAGGUGGGGAGAAGGGUGCCAGGAGUCUGAGUCAGGAGGUGUGAACUUUUCCAAUGGCGGCUCUACCUGAAAGCAGCACUGGGAUGGGCUGGAAAUUCCCUGUGCUUCACUCACCCGUAAUGUGCCCUUCCUCCAAGUAUAUAAAGCUCUGCAUUACUGUGUGAGGGACUGGCCUUGAGCUACCUAGUGGAUUCCACAAUCAAGGUCCUGAGUUGUUUUUAAUGCAGCUGGUGUGUUGUUGACUCUUAUUUCCCCAGCGACAAUCUAGUAAAAGCAAGGCAUGUUGUGUUUUUCUCUGCUUGCCCUGAGUGGGGAUUUGUCCCUGUUCAAGGCCAACACUAUCCAUUUUCAUCAGUGCUGAUGCAAAGAGGAGAAACAGGUGAGGAUUUUACAGAGAAGGUCCCUGGGAAUUCUUUGGAUGAGGAAGAGGCCUAGUGGAAACUGCAGGUGUUGCUGGCCAAAUGACGCAGUGCUGAAACAACAACACACACUGUGUUGGCUACAAGGGGUAUUUUGCCCUGAGAUGUUUUGGGUUCCCAACAUGCCAGUGCUAUUAAGCAGAUAAGGGUCUUUAAAAAUAAUAAUGAUUCAUGUUAUUAUUUGAACUAUCUUAUCCUUGUUUGGUGUAGCCAAGGAGUGAGGCUCCUUGAUUCUCUGGCAGAGCCACUGAGUUCUCCUUAGUCCUCGUCCUCCUCAAGCGACACAGAUAGUGGCCUGGAAUGUGGCUCUUUGGGUGCCCUUCCCAGGUCCUUCAGUUGAGGGCUGAAAAGUACCUCUGAUCUGUACUGCUCAUCCCCAGGCGAGGAGGAAGGCAGCAGCCGAGGCCACCUGUGAAGUGUCAGAGUGCACAGCCUGCCACAGCAACACCUUUAUUUCCUGUUCUUGGCCAAGGUGUCUCCAAAGUGACUUGGAGUUUUAUGGUGGUUUCUUCUAGUAGUUGAUGUCAUCAUCACCCAGGUUCCAGGCAGGGAGGAGGCAGCCAAAAGGGUUCUCCAACCCUGAUACAGGGCAGGAUACUUAAUUGCUAGAAAAAUCUAUGAAGCCAGGAUAUUUACAAAUAUUUCCUUAAGAGUGUGAAGUUAUACCAUGGAACUAUUAAAUCUCAGUAACUAGAUCCCCAUUGCCGAAAAUUUGAUAGAGGGACCUUACAAUUGUCUGAAAAUGUGCUACACAUUUCUGCCUCAAAGAGGAGAGUGAAGUGUACCCCCUCCCAAUUAAAGUGCAUAAUCCUUCAAUAUUGUAUAUACGCAAACUAAGAGACUGAUGACUGGACACACCGGAAAGUGGGGUAUUAGUACAUCUUUCUUUGGAAAAGGUUGACAGGCUGCACUGUAUUAGAAACUUUAAAUCUAGCACACUCGCCACUGAAGACAUCCUCAUUGCUUGAAAAACAAUAAAAUAAGCACUAGAGGGAGGGCAUCAAAACUGGAGCAAAGAACCCAGGCAGGCAUGGUUCUGCAGCCUCAGGUUGCGAUCUGCAACUGUUGUUCACUUGAAUUAACCUUUCGGAGGGGAGGGGGAUUUCCAGUAGCUGCACCCCUACUUGCAGAUUUCAAAUGUCAUACUAAUAAAUGCUAUAGAGUCAUAGAAUUGUAGAGUUGGAAAUGGAUCUCCAAGGGUCAUUUAGUCCAACUCCCUGCAAUGCAGGAAUCACAGCUGAAGAAUCCCUGACAGAUGGCCAUCCAACCUCUGCUUGAAAACCUCCAAGGAAGAAGAGCCCACACUUUCCGAGGGAGUCCAUUCUACUCUCAAACACUUCUUACCACUAAUGCUUAGUGAGAACAUAAUCAGCAAAAUGAGCUGUUGAUUGCAUAAAUGGCCCAUUUUUUAAUCCACAACUGUUCUUUUCAAACUGGGAGCUGGACCACUCACAUACACUGGCCUAGUUGUACAGCCUAGCUAGUUUUGUAGGGAAUGGGUGAGUCUGGCCUGUUGGCAGUUCCCUUAAUUAACUUCCUAUGUUUUGAGUAGCAGCUGACUGCCUAGUUCACCAUCAUGUGCCAAGGUGUCUUGCGUCAGAGAACAAAAUCAGUUUGUUUGCCUGUUUUAAGGUUUUGCCUUCAAGAAUGCCGGAGUCUUUCCACUGUGUGAGUCUUGCUGGAGAACCUUACCAUGCAGAAUCUCACCACUUUUUGUUUGUUUCCUUCCAGAUCUUGCAGGAGCGAGGUUCAAGGAUGUAACUGUGCCCCAGUAUUGAAUGCUGACAAGUUUUCCUUUGCAUUGCCACACGAAGAGGCUUGGCACCAAGAGGAUGUCGCUUGUUCAGACCAUUUCUGUAGUUCUGGAUUUUGAACCCUGAAGGUGGUGCUGCAGCUGAAGCUGGCUGCUUGCAGACGCCUGCCUUCAGCAGCAAGAAGGGUUGUGUUGGCUCUGGUGCCCGGUUGUGCUGAUCUAAAUCCCAUGGAAAGAAGAUUUGACUUCACUCUAUGCUUUCCUUCCGAAGAGAUAUAGCGAUGCUUUGCUGAUUGUAGGGAAACAAUUUGGGUUUUAAUAAUUGUAGGCAGUUCAAGGUCAACAUACUUGGUGCUAUGAAUAAAUUACAGCCCACAUGUGGGCAGACAUCCUUAAGCAGCUCCAGUUGACUGUGGCGGCUGCUGUACAUUCCUUGGGGAUCUAUUGUAAGAAUGCACUAGCCCAGACUAAGGGAGGGGUGCAUCUUCUUCCCCCUCCCGACCCUGCUUGCUUCAGUACCCAGAGGGUAUUCUCUUCUUGGGAAGAAGGUCUUAUUUUGCCCACAUCUCUAGGGACAGCCUUCCUCUCCAGGUAACUUGCUCCUGCAAAGGUUAACCUCCAAUUUUAGCUACACUUUAGGAUUGAAGCCCCAGUUAAACAAAAAUAAUAUGGCAAAUACCUUGCCUUGCACACAUGUGUGCACACACGAAAACACACACCAAAGUUGCGUUCUUUGUUUUUAGAAAUGCCUGCAAGUAUUGCUACCCCUGUGGACUCACAGCACUGAAGAUAGACAUGGGGGUUGAGUCUUCAUGGGUGCUCCAUCAUGAAGGCUGGGAAUGAGAAUCUCUGUGCUCAAAAGCAUCAGAGUUUGUGCAGCUGAAGGCAGGAAUUAUUGUGAUUCUUUAACAUGUUUACAGUCAUUUCUACAUUCUCUUAUCUAUGCAGUUCCUUCUGAUGUUUGGCAAGUACUGUCAAUAACACUUGUGGUUUCAUUGAGAGAGGCUUGUGGUAAAUGUGAAGAAACACAACUGGAGCUUUUUAGUGUACUGUGUUUAAAUGAAACCAUUAGCAUGUCUUUUGAAAAUAGGUUUAAAGGAGUAUAUACAGAUCUCUCUGCUUCAUAGAGCACAGAGAGGAGCCCUUGCUUGUCUGAGGCUCUCUUAACAUGCUACCUAUAUUUUAACUUUCAUUAAGCAACUCACAGAAGCUGUGUGUAUACACACCCCUUCCUUUUCCAUUCAGAUGUGUGGAGUCCUCACAAUCUUGAGCAUCCCUUGUCUGCCUGCAUUUUUGAUCUGGUUUUUGGCAAACCUUUUCUGCCCAGUAGAUCAGCAAGUGGGCCAUUUGUCUUUUGCCAUGGAGACUGGUCUGCACAGAAAGUUGCAAGGCCCUCCUCAACAUUGAGUAAUCCGUUUGUCUUUUUUAAGAUGUUAGCAUUGAAAUGAAUUUACUAAAAUGUAAUUCUUCUGAAGGGUGAAAUGUUUCUACUUUUAUACUUUUUUAGGCAUCUGUGUUUGAUUACUGUAAAGCGAACGCUAAUGUGCUAAGAGAUCACAUUUCGUGUACGUAGAAAGAAAUGUUACUGCGAGUGUGUCUGCGUGUGCAUGUGUGUGUGCACGCACACAUAUAUGCAGAUGCAAAGAUGGCUCUUGAAUCGGCUGAACAGGCCUUGUUCUCCUUCAGGCCCCACCGUUACUGUGACACAUUCUGCCAGGGCAGCCUGAGUGACUGACUUGAAAGGCCUCCAUCUCCAAACAGCCUUUCCUUAAAGGUGGUCACAUGCCUGUCCAGAAACUGCCUUUGAAUGUUUUUGCUGUAAGUAGCAAAGGAUUUGACUGACACAAAUUUCAGGCUUGAGAGGGGGCAGCAGCAAAACAUAGUGAGUGGAAGGAGGUGGAGCACAGAAGCAGCCACUCUGUCCAUCAAGUGGCCAGUGAACGUGUUUGCUGCUUUGGGGUGGGAUUUCCCACCUUGCUGCUACUGUCUCCUUAUGUCCUUGGAGGAGGGGAUUUUUGAUGUUCCUCUUGUUCCCCCUCUGACUUUAAAGCCAGAAAGCGUCAGGAGACACUUUGGAAGGGGCUGAAGCCAGCAUCUGUCAGUGUGAUGAUUUUGGCUGCAGGCAAGGUUUUCUCUCUGCAUUGGUUUGGCUUCUUACUGAACGCAGAAAAAGUUUUAGCAUGUUGAACAGUAUGAAAUUUAAGUUGCAUCCUAGGAUUUAAUCUUGCAAGUGUGGAAUCUCUUUGUAUUCUUCAUGAUUGUGGAAUGUGGUCUGUGGUAUAAAGCUUAGCAUGUUGAGAACCUCAGCUUCCAUUGUUGGCUUAAGAAAAAAUACAGGUUUCUUGCCCUCGUGAUGGGUAAUGUAGGCAGUGAGAGGAGAGCUCAGAAAACAAGUGGGUGCCAGACUAGGCUUUCCUAUCCUUUGUGGCUCUGCUUCUGUCUCCCAGAACUGCCACCUCAGGCCUUUUAUUCUCUCCUUUUCCCUUUGUUACUUGUCUGUAGGCUCCUGAAACUUGGAAGCCAGGUAUCUUUUAAAAAUUAGGGGAAGUAUUUAAAUUGGCACUGCAGAAGAUCACUUUCUUUGGUACAAAUUUUAGAUUGUACCAAAAACCCUAUACCAUGAAGUGUAGAGGACAGCAGGUAAAGGGCUACCCAGGUGCCUUCUGCUUCUUUGCUCACGUUCUUUAAGGGGAGAGAACAGGUGCUCCUUUCAGCCACUUGCCACUUUCCUCACUUCAGUGUGUUAGUGUCUCUAUGCAUUAUGCAAAUUACAUCCCCCCCUUGGAGAACUGGAUAGAUUUCAGCAGCUUAAAAAGGCAAACUUUCCCAUUCCCACUGAAAAACUAAAGUGGACACAGACAACUUUUGUUGCACUGCUCAGCUGUAGUUUAGCCUCAGCUUUGCCUUCAUUUUACUCAGUUUUUUAAAAGAAAUGUCAAUUAUUUAUUUAAAAGGGGGUGGGGAGAGCAAAUGUGAAGUUUCUCAUGUAAACAAGGGGCUUGAAGGCCCCCCCCCGAAGAGAUCAUUGAUUCUCAAGGCGCAAGAGGCCCUGCAAUGAUGCCUGACAACAAAAGAAAUAGAUGCUUCAGUUGCAUCUGUGCUCAUUUAGCCAUGCAACUGUCUUGUCUGUCCCAUCCCUUGCUGCCAUAAGCUGUCAUUCAGUCUGGAAAAAACAUACCCCAUCUCAGACACUUCCCCCUGCAAGAAAGUUAAGCUUAGAGGCACACAUACAACCAUGGCCUGACACCUGGAUGCUGUCAUUCCCUGACUCUCACAUAUUUUAGUAAAAGGUGGGUAGAAUGAGUAGAGAAAAUUGUUUUUGUCGCAAGAGGAGAGAUCGACCCGAGGCCUGCUGUGUCCUUGUAGAGGGUGGGAGAGAGAACACUCCUUUCUCACUGUCAGAGCUGCCACUUAACAAAGUUGAGUGUUGCCAAACAUGCGCAUGCUCUCCUACCCCAGGAGUGGCAGCUGUUGCCUCUGUUUCAUUGCAAGGUUCUUUCUGCUAGUAUGCUGGUCUCUGGAGCAAAUGAUCUGGCGCACUGAUAUAGGACUAGGGCCAAACUAUGCUCACACAUAGGACAUCCACACCAUCAGGCAUUCUGUGCAAUUGCUACUUGUAUGUAGGGGUUCCCUUGCAGACAGCCAAAAUCAGUCACCGUCAGAGGGUAGGACUGGUAUGGCAUCAGAAAGAGAUGCAUGGACUCCCUCUGGCUUAAAACCAAUAGUUCCCUGCAUGUGAGUUAACAGCUGAAUUCAAGGAGAAAUUUAGUUCCUUUGAAAGGCUGUAGUCCAAGUUCAGUCUUUGUCUACUUCUUGGACCUUCCUUCAAAUUCCAUUUUUAGUGCUGUUGCUGAACUGAGAUAUUUUUCACAGCCUGGGCUACUUUACCUGCUUGCAAACAGAAAAUGGAUUUGAAACAAGCCUUGAAGUGGUUCUUUGCUUAUUCAGUGCUCCUUCACUAUCUUGGCCAUCUCUGAAUCCUGCUUUAGAGCUGCCGUCUAAGAUGUUGGUAAUGCACUUACUUAGGGAAACAUGGGUGCCUCAAGCUUUGUGACAACUUGCUCCAAAAACGAGGGCUGAAACGGCUACCGGGCUGUAAUUGUCAUGCAGUAGGAAUGUCAAGGGCUGGCCUUUCCACAGAACUUGAAUGCAAGUUAAUGAAAGUUUGCUUGCAUCUCAGUGGGGCCCUAAUCAAGAAGAUGCAUUUGCUUGUGAACAUUCAAUCAUUUACAAAACUGAAUUGUCAUGUGUGGAAAAGUGUGUUUUCUGUCCUUCCAUAGGGUAGAAAACAGGUCAUUGCUUGGGGCCAAGUUUAUCAAAGGCAGCGUUCUCACUGUGCUUACAAAGGACUAGAUUUUCUGUGCACUUGGACAGGAAGCAAAUCCGAAUACUUGAUGCAUGCUUUACUUUUUAAAACAUAACUACAAACCUAGAAUUAUUGCUACUACUAGUCAGGGGGGCUGUGUAGUGCAUCCAUGAGCAGAGGCACUCCUGUGCUUUUGAAUACAGCAGUAUGAGUGGGCUUCCCAGGAAGGGUACUUGGUUGGCUUUUGGUCUGAUCCAGGACAGUUCUUCCUACGUUAAAACUUCCCAGGUAGACCAACCAACCGGAGAGGUGAGAUCAUCACGCUGCCUUCCUCUGUGCUCUGGAAAGGUUGACCGUUUAAAACAUUGAUGAGGAGAGGCUGGUUUGAAAUUAGGCUCUUCCUGUGCCUCCCCCCCCCCAACCCACCGGUUUGCUUUCUGUCAGGGUGGGGGAAGCAAUUACAUUAAAAAAAAAAUAAAUUAAAAAUGUGGUACAAUCUUAUCUUCCAGACAGUGGAUUAGCAAUAGUUCUUUUUUGCACCAGUUCUUUAUCUUUGAAGAGUACUUUUUGCAGCAAUUUGACACCUGGCAUUGCACCCUUCCCCACCUCUGUACUUUUGGCCUGGCUGUGAGCAGAACAAAAUGAAAGAUUUCUUAGAGGAGUCCCUUUCGAGGCAUCUCUAGUUCGUUUUCAGAUGGAUGUGUCACUUCUGGAACAAAUAUAUUACUGAUAUGUGUGGAUGUUUUAAAGAAAAGUUUCGUUACACUCGCUCCUUGAAAAGUGCAUGAAAUAAACGUCUCCUUUCUAACA